AUGUCUGCACCACUCAAACGACCUUCAGAGGAAGAUGAUAAUUUCCAGGAAGAGACUUGGGAAGAAAGCCAGGUAUUAGAUGAAGGGAAUGAUAGCCAGGAAGGCCCCCGGCAACAAGAGGUUAUUGAAGCACAGGAUAUGAGCCAGGUGCCAGUUACAGAGUCGGUAAUAUCAACAACAGGAGCCACCGCUCCUGCUCGCCGUCCCAAGAAACAGAGACGAGGGAAGAAUAGCCCUGAGCCAAACUACUCUGAGAUGGUCCAGGACCAAAUGUCUACAACUAAUCGUACUGGCCAGGCAUGCGAUCGCUGUAAGGGGCGAAAAAUGAAGUGUGACUCGAAUUCUACAGGCUGCGCAAAUUGCAUUGCUGGGAAUCUGCCCUGCACACAAACUGACCCUAUAACUCGAGUGUCAUAUACUCGUGGAGAGCUAGAGCGGCUACGAGCUGACAAUGAAAGGCUCACUUCUGAGAACGACAUUUUACGUGCAGAAAACGCCAGCUUACGAGAUUAUAUCAAUAACGUAUUGAAUGCCCCUGCUCUUGAAGGUAGCAGCUCACAAACUCCUAGUAUGGGGAUGGGAACACAAAGUCAGUAUACAUCGUACGAAGCUCUACAAGCUGCCCAGGCUCAGGCCCAAGCUCAAGCUCAAGCUCAAGCAAUUCAUCAAGCGGCUCAGCAACCAGGACAGGGUUUCCCCGUGCUAUACCCACAAAGCAGGCGCCAAUCUGCGGCAUCGGGAUUACCCACGAUGCAAAAUCAGACGCAAUUCAGAUCAAUAACUAGACCGUCCCAAUUCCCUUUAUAUCAUACAUCGAUGGCCACUAAUCCUUACGCUGGUCGGGACUCAAUGCCGACGCCUCACCAACAAGUUAACCCAGAGGCUUAUCGGCACGGACCCCAACAGCAAGGGGCCCAACAAGGACAUGGCCAGAGCCAAAUACAAGGGCAGGGAGAAUCACAACAAUCGGGUGUACAACAAAGAGACAAUGGCCCUUCCCAAGAUUCCCCUGACAACUUUAACUAUUUCCCGGAUAUCUGA